UCUCUCUCUCUCUCUCUCUCUCUCUCUCUCUCUCUACAUUUUUAGACUUGGGUUCUCUCAGGAGUCAGGAGAGAGAUUCAUGAGUUGGAGCUGAGUAUAUAGAUGAAGAUUUAGAUGGACUCGUGUUCAUCGCCAUCUCAUUUUUUGAAACUGGGGUAGCAUUCUUCUGAUAAAUCUUGGUUUCUGUUACAUGACUCUUGAGUCCUUCUCCAGAUCUUCUGUAAAGGUUCUCUGAAUCUAUAGCUGGUUUAGCCCACAUCCUGUCCAAGCCCAUGAAGCAACAACAUAUUAGAAUAUGAGGUUUUUUAGUCUCAUGUUAGUAAAGUAGCAUCCAAGACCAUCUCUUUGGUUGGUCUCCCUCCGUGUCAUCCAAUAGCUUGCAUUCUUGGAGGCUGCCUUGUCGGACAGAGCUCGGAUUUGUUUAAUCCAGGUUACACCACUCUGGGUGUCUACAAUUUCUCCUCCUCUGUUACUCUUUGAAGCUUAUUAUAAAGCUCUAGUGGGCUACUCGUGCAUCAGCAAACUCCAUAUUUGACAGGAGGAUUAUUCCUUCCUGGAUCCACGCACAGAGGGAAAAAAAAACUUAUCUUUUUUCUUUUUUAGUUUGCCAUCGCAUUUUCUUAGUAUUUUUAGAAUAUAAUCUUUAUGUGGAGAUCCAAUCAGGCAAUCACCCUCUCUUGAAGAAUCUCUGAUGUUUUUCGUCCUUGUAUCUUUCCUCUCCUGUCUGCUCCUCAUCACCAAGUCUCUCCCUCUCAAGCCCCUCCCUCCAUGGGUGGAUGAGAUGAGACUGCUAUCUGUGUUGUUUUGGCAAGAAUUUGUGUACUACUCACUGCACUGGUUGAAGAAUUGUCAGCUGACCAGCAGAAAAGUCUUCAGAUUUCCAUUCACAAUGUCUACAAAGAAGCUUGUCCCCAGAGGAGAAGAGAAUGUGGAGGAGACAUCAGGGAUGACCAUCUUGGAUUUGCCUGAGUUAGCCUUGGAGUGCAUUCUGGGGAAGCUCUCUCCAGCCGGGUUGGCCAACAUGGCAUGUGUCUGUAGCUCAUUGAGGGAUAGGUGCAGGAGUGAUCACUUGUGGGAGAGGCACAUGAGGGAGAAAUGGGGUCGGGUGAUAGGCCGACCAGCUCGGAGAGAGUGGGAAUGGUAUAUAUCUUCAAGGAAGGGCUCUCUGGUUUCUGGUGGUGCCAUGGCAAGCUUGAAGCGAAAGGGGUGGAUGGGUUCUAUUUCAUGUGUCUGGCCUCUUUCUUGGCUCAAGUGCAAGCUUGAUGAUGGUAAGAGGCCUUCGAGCCCUUUACCGAUGGAUUCGAUGAUGUCCUGGUAUCUGGUGCUUGAGAGUGGCAAAUUUUGGUUCCCUGCUCAGGUCUACAACCGCGAGAAUGGACAUGUCGGCUUUUUGUUGUCGUGUUAUGAUGCUGAGCUUAGUUAUGAUCGCCACGCAGACACCUUUUAUGCAAGGUAUCCACCACAUGGAAGAAGGCCGGUAAACAUAGAGGAAGGAGUAGAGUGGGACAGACUUAGAGCCCCACCUGUUGAUACUCCUGCACAUGAUCUGCAUGUCUCUGAUUGUUUGAAUGACCUAUGCCCGGGUGAUCAUAUCGAGAUCCAGUGGAGGAGAAACAAAGAAUUCCCAUAUGGCUGGUGGUAUGGAGUUGUGGGUCAUUUGGACUUGUGUGAUGGGAAUGAAAAUCACUGCCGAUGUCAUAAAAGUGAUACUAUCAUAUUAGAAUUUAACCAAUAUACACAUGGCUCAAGAUGGAGGCGAGCAGCCGUGAGACGGAAGGAUCACCAGGAAGAAGGGAAUGAAACAAAUGGAUUUUAUGGAGGAAUCAGGAAACUCCAUAGCAAGGAUGAGAUAGCUAUGUGGAGGCGGCUUUGGCCAAAUGAGAUUUUGGAAUAGGUUAUCAUUCAAAUUCACCAAGGACUCAUGUGUGUUAUUUCUGAGAACAUAACAAAGCAAGGACUUCCUUUAACCAAAAACUGCUCAAUACAUAAUAGCCCAGCGUGCUGAAAUAUUUUCCAUGCCAAUUAUUUAUGCAAGAGAACUUGCAAUGAGAAAGUGAGUUGAGCGACCACACAUGGGCUUAGAAUUUGAAUUUUGCUCUGUGGAUGACAACCUCUGUUCACUGCCAGUGAGGAUCAACAGCUUUUAGUGGCUUCAGGUCAAUUGUUUAGUGCUGUAGUUUUAGGAUAAUACACAAUUUGGUGUAAUUAUUUAUCCGGCCACCCUUCUUUGCUAGUGAUUCAGUAUCACUCAAAAACCAAUUCUAGAUUUUUAUUGUCUGCUACAAGUAUGCUUUUAUUUGUAUUCU